ACAAAUUCCCAGUUUUUUUCCGUCAAUAGUAGGAAUUUUUCGUUUACAAAAAAUGCCGAUAAUUAAAAAAUAAAACAAGCAGGCACGUAGGCUUGCUCCAGGAGACAACCUACAUCUCAUCAAAGGCAUCAAAAAGUGAUUUUUUGCAUAAAUGGUGUAUACUUUGAGCCUGAAAUCAUUACGAGCUUUGGAGAUCCCUUCAAAAAUUAUGACAGGAGCAUUCGUGCGUGGUAUUUGAAGUUAUUUAUUUUUCUCCUAUUUUCAUGUUACUUUAUUUUCAAAAGAUGAUAUUCAGCUUGAUUUUUCUAGGUUUUGCAAGUUUUGUGGGAUCCAAAUUGACAAUGAUUGUUGUCUACGGAGUUCCAAGCUCUUCAAAAAAUAAAUGCUCUCUAUUUAGAGAUUUGCUGUGUAAAUUUUUGAAGGGUGCCGUAAACAUUAAAAACGCCGUUGGAUACACAUACAACGAGGCAGUGAACGCAUGUGCCAAUACUUCGUGCUAUCCAACUAGUGUAUCGUAUCUAGAAGAGUUGUCGUAUUUUACUGUAAUAGCACACCAGAAUAUUGGUCGAACAUUAAGUACCAUUACCUAUGUUAGAAUAGAUGGAAUUCGAACUUCCGCCUGUCAAGCUACUCCUGCUACAUCCAAAUGCAUGUCGACAGAGGGAUUCAAAUUUCUUGGUCCUCCACCAAAAAACUUUGAUAACUACGAUUGGGUAACUGAUCCUUCUGCAAAAAGAACCAAAGACGAUAACUGCAUUGUUAUGGUCGUGAAUGGAAUUCGAUCAAUAAAAAUGGAUGUUCCUGCCUUGGAACCGGUUCGCCAUCGUCACAAAUGCUCUUCUGUGCGAAACCUGCGUGGAUUUAAUGUUAUGUGUUGUCGAAAUGUUAUUUACAAAUAA